GGCAGCUCAGAACGCGCAUAGCUUCAGCCGUAGCAACAUCCUAACACGCACGCAACAGCAGCACCCAAGAUCAAGCCCCGUUCGUUCGCUUUCUGCCACAUCACCCUGUUCUCCAAGAACUCACGCAGUGCUCCUCGGACUCGCAGCACAACCAGCAGUUAUUCCACGCAGCAAAGAUGGAAGUCCUACUAGGCUUGACAGGCAAGGACUUCACCAUCAUAGCCUCCUCCAAGGCCGCGAUGCGCGGCGUCACCAUACUGAAGGCCACCGAUGACAAGACACGCAGUCUGAACCAGCACAACCUGAUGGCAUUUUCGGGCGAGGCGGGAGACACAGUGCAAUUCGCGGAAUACAUCCAGGCCAACGUGCAGCUGUACUCGAUGCGCAACAGCACAUCCCUUGGCCCCAGCGCCGUUUCGUCCUUCGUGCGUGGCGAGGUCGCUCGAGCGCUCCGUACUCAGAGACCGUACCAGGUCAACCUAUUGCUAGGCGGCGUGGAUCCCAUCACCAACGAGCCGAGCCUGUACUGGAUUGAUUAUCUGGCCGCCCUUGCAAAGGUGCCCUACGCCGCUCACGGCUAUGCCCAGUACUACUGCCUCUCCAUCCUCGACAAGCACCACCAUCCCUCGAUCGACCUAGAAAAGGGCCUCGCCAUCCUCAGGAUGUGCACGGACGAGCUGAAGCGGCGCAUGCCAAUCGACUUCAAGGGCAUGUUCGUCAAGAUCAUUACAAAGGACGGAAUCAAGACGCAGGAAUGGGACGACUCGCAUCAGGUGCUACCGGCGUAGAAAACUCGUAAUAAGAUCAUGACCCGUCACGGCGUUCCCGGACGUGUAUAAAUAUUACAGAAGAGAUCCCCACGCAGCUUGGGAAGGGCAUCGAGGCGUGGCGUUACGGAGCUUGCUUCAGCAUUGGAGGGUAGGCGUAGCCGCCUGCCGACUGAAAACAAAUCGAAGAGCAAAUAUAUGAUUCAUGCAAUUCAGAACAACUUACGUCGCGGUUCGCACCUUUUUCACGCCACUUAAACCGCACAAGCGAACACUGUGACUGUUGACGUCGUUCGCUUGUCUCCCUGGUUUCGCGCUGCGAUGCAAAAAGAAAAAUAUACAUCUAUAUAUAUAUAUAUAUACAUGGCUUCAUUUUUGUUUCUAGAUUCGGCUAAGCUCAGAAC